CCGUCUUUCUGACGGACAAGGGAACAUCUCAUCUCCACCCCUCGAAAAUGCAGAUCAUGAACGUGGCUUGGUACGUUAUCGGAGGUACCGGUGCUAUCAUCGCACAUGCAAAGAAACCUUCUCUUGGUCUGGUCCGCGUGACCAUCACGUUAGGGAGACCCACCCUAAGUUGAGGUUUCCAUGCCACGAAUGUACGGAAGAGUUGCUGUCUCCAAUAGCAUUAGGCGAACAUGCUACAGAGAUGAGCCAUGCAGCCUUUGCUUGUGAUGCCGAAGACUGCCUGGCUACGUUCACACGUUUCGAUACCUACGAACGGCACAAGAACCUCCACGAAGACGAUGGCGAAAGGUUUCCUUGCUUCUAUUGUCGCAAACAUCGAGGCGCCAAUGGUUUCAAACGCAAGGAUCACCUGAUGCAGCACCUGAGGAACUACCACAACAUGGAGAAAGGCACUUCGAAUGUGUUUGGUGGUAGAUCCUGUCCCUAUGAGGGUUGUCCCGAGUAUAAAUCUCCAUCCUCCUUCCUGUCUGCGAAUUCUUUCCGCAAGGUCUCCGAUUACACCAAACAUAUGAAGAAGGUCCACGACGAAUCAGAAUUCUCAUGCGCCGAGCCUGGCUGCGACCGUAUUGGAGGCAAAGGGUACUCCCGCAGGCGUGACCUUGUCAAGCACCAACAGAAAGAACACGCCAAGGAUGCGGUCUCAGGAUCUGACGACGCUGAGGCUUGAGUCGAGCUCCCUGCAGGACUAGGACGUCUGUCUGCGUACACGUCCUUGCCACUGCUUGCUUGUGUGCCUUUGAUAUAUUUUCAGAGAUCUGGAUGAAAUUUCAUUGUACCUUCUUGGCCUAUCUGUUACCUUGUGGGGCUGCCCCA